AUGAUAUUGAAUCUAAAGCCUGCCAGCAUCAUUGCUGUUGGUGUGAUUCUUCCAGUUCUCGCCUCUUUGGCGACCAGUUUGCGCUUCUAUAGUCGAUAUAGGCUGAGAAUCUCUCUAAAAGAGGAUGACUUCGCUUUCCUGGUUUCAGUAGGACUGAUAUGGGGUCUGGGUAUCACAGUCGUCAUUGGUGGUGCUUUAGGUGCUUUAGGCGGUCAUUCAAAGCAGGCGGCUGCUCAUGCAUACCACCAUGAUACCAUCGUUAUAGGACCCAAAGAUCACAUCGCAGAGAAGAUUAUGCUUGGAUACAGCAUUAUCGAAAAGCUCGCAUUCGGUCUCAUCAAGAUCAGUGUGCUAUUAUCCUAUCGACGGGUCUUUCCAGGGAAGAAAUUUAACAUCGCAGCCCUUACCAUGAUCGGAGUAUUAUCACUUUUGACCAUAGCAUUUGUCAUCACAUCGACCUUUCAAUGUCCCACACGAAACUGGAGUCUUACGCACGCCGCAUGGGCUAAGAAGAAACAUUGUAUCCAAUCUGAGGUUUCAUGGUCCGGGUUUUCCAUUUCAGAUGUUGCUACAGAUCUGAUUAUUCUUCUCUUUCCGGUUAUUCCAGUGUGGAAGCUGCAGCUCACUACUUCCAAGAAGAUGAGUGUGAUUCUGGUCUCCAUUCUUGGAUCUCUCUCCACUGGUAUCGGCAUAGUACGAAUGGUGGUGAUAUUGGUAUUCACUUACAACUCUACAGCUGAAUACAGAGAUUUCCUGGGCGCCAUCUCCACAGCCUUAGUAUGGAGUCUAGCAGAAGCCUCCGUGGCUAUCAUCGCAGCUUCCAUGCCUUCCAUUCGACCACUCAUUCAUCGAGCCUCCGACAGUCGUGCAAGGAGCAAGAGUACAAGCACUACUCGAAGUGGGCGACAACUACCACGAAGUCAGCGAAUGUCAAGUAAUAAUUUCCACCCCCUUGAUGGACCGAGGUACCCCUUUAACCAGGACCAGGAUAUCUUGGAUGAUGCAUACACCCUUGAAUCUCUUAAUAAUAUUGAUAGUAUUGAGAAUUUUGAUAAACAGCAGACUCCUCGAGUGGUGGCAAGGGCAUGGGCAUGA